UACUUUUGUAUGCCGAUAGAGUCUGAUAUCAGAUAGCCUCAUAAUCUGCUUUGCUGACACAAAAAGUGAUUUUCAUUGCAAAGCUCAGCAACGUGCAACUUGCAUAGCAUCCAGGCAGAUUAAACCUUAAUCAAUCUCUUAUAAUUAGAGGGAAGCAACCAUUUUAUCUUGUUCCUUUCACAUUCAAGACUAGUGAUACAAGGAUUGAGCUGUCGAAUUGUAGUGUAUUAAGGCUUGGGGAAAGUGGUUUAAGCAUUUUAGGCAUGGAAACCUGGUAUCCAGCCUCAUUCAUGUCAAAUUUGAGUUGGUUGAUGCAACAAAGGAAAAGCACAGUAUGGACAAGAGAAGAGAACAAGAAAUUCGAGCGUGCUAUUGUAGUUUAUGAUGAAAAAACUCCCGACAGAUGGGAUAAGGUGGCAUCCAUGAUCCCAGGAAAAUCAGUUACUGAUGUGAUGCACCAAUACAGGGAACUGGUGAAAGAUAUUAGUGAUAUUGAAGCUGGUUUGGUCCCAAUUCCAGGAUACUUGGCCGCUUCUUUCACAUUUGAAUUGGGAGAAAAUCGCAAUUUUGAUGCUUAUAGGAAGAGAGGAAGGUCUUGCGAUCAAGAAAGAAAGAAAGGUGUACCGUGGACUGAGGAGGAACACAGACGUUUCCUGUUGGGACUUGAAAGACACGGAAAAGGUGACUGGAGAAAUAUAUCGCGCAAUUUUGUGAUCACCAAAACACCUACUCAAGUCGCGAGCCAUGCUCAAAAAUACUUUCUAAGGCAGCUUACUGGAGGCAAAGAUAAGAGGCGUCCAAGCAUCCAUGAUAUCACACUUCAUCUCACAACCACCACCACCACUACUAGUAAGACUACUUGGUCAGAAUCAGCUGAAAAAAAACCCAACUCAACCACUGCUACAAAUAAGGGCGCUUUAUUGGUUUUUGACUCCAUUGCAUAUCCACAAAAUAUUGCAAGAUUUCAUGGAAGACCUGUUAGCAAUAUCUGUUCUGGAUACUAGAUUAAAACCAUGUGAAUUUUGGAUUUGAAGCUCCACCAUAGUUAAGUGGCCAUGUCUUGUAUUUGCUUUUUUCACAAGUUGUACGCUAUAUUCUCAUUGCAAUCUUCUCUGGCUAAGCGCUGUCAAAUCAUCCUGUACAACUCUAAUUGUUUAAGUUAAUACAGUUGUGUCUAAAUUCCUAAUAAUCACCACUCCUUAAUUUG